CUUCGUCUGUCUCUCUAUCAUUCCUCCAUCCCUAUCCCUCUCUCCCUCUCUCUCUCUCUCUCUCUCUCCUCCAACCGCAUCAGAUAUAAAUCCCUCUCAGUCUCAACCCCAAUACCCAUUCCUUCAUUCCAUUUCUCUCUUGAUUUCGUCUCUAACACUCACAACACACUCUAUCUUCUUGUGCACUCGCAGCUAUGGGUGCAGCGCUACUCCCAGAUCUCGGGACUGAGAUUCUCAUCCCUGUGUGUGCCGUCAUAGGGAUAGGGUUUGCCCUCUUCCAGUGGCUUCUUGUCUCUAAGGUCAAGCUCUCCGCCGCCAGAGACGCUUCUCCCAACGCCGCCGCCAAGAAUGGCUACAACGAUUAUCUCAUCGAAGAGGAGGAAGGCAUCAACGACCACAACGUCGUUAUCAAAUGCGCUGAAAUCCAGAGCGCCAUUUCCGAAGGAGCAACCUCUUUCCUUUUCACUGAGUACAAGUAUGUGGGAAUCUUCAUGGUGGCUUUUGCCAUCUUGAUAUUCCUCUUCCUUGGCUCUGUGCAAGGAUUCAGCACAAGCCACCAGCCUUGCACCUAUGAUGAAUCCAAGAUGUGUAAACCAGCUCUAGCUACUGCCCUCUUUAGCACCAUUUCAUUCUUGCUCGGUGGCGUCACGUCGCUAGUCUCCGGUUUCCUUGGAAUGAAAAUUGCUACUUAUGCAAAUGCGAGAACCACUCUGGAGGCAAGGAAGGGUGUUGGAAAGGCUUUCAUCACUGCAUUUAGAUCUGGUGCAGUUAUGGGAUUUCUCCUUGCUGCAAAUGGUCUAUUGGUUCUUUACAUUGCCAUCAACGUUUUCAAGUUCUACUAUGGCGAUGACUGGGAAGGUCUUUUUGAGGCCAUAACUGGUUAUGGUCUUGGUGGGUCUUCUAUGGCUCUCUUUGGCAGAGUUGGUGGAGGUAUCUACACUAAGGCUGCUGAUGUUGGUGCUGAUCUUGUUGGCAAGGUUGAAAGGAACAUUCCCGAGGAUGACCCAAGAAAUCCUGCUGUGAUUGCCGAUAAUGUGGGUGAUAAUGUUGGGGAUAUUGCUGGUAUGGGAUCUGAUCUCUUCGGUUCAUAUGCCGAGUCAUCCUGUGCUGCCCUUGUUGUUGCUUCCAUCUCCUCUUUUGGGGUGAACCAUGAGUUGACUGCUAUGUUGUACCCUCUCAUUGUCAGCUCUGUGGGUAUCAUAGUUUGUUUGCUUACCACCUUAUUUGCAACUGACUUUUUUGAGAUAAAGGCUGUGAAGGAAAUUGAGCCGGCAUUGAAAAAACAACUCAUUAUUUCCACUGCUUUAAUGACCGUUGGGAUUGCGAUUGUUAGUUGGAUUGCACUACCAUCUUCCUUCACUAUCUUCAAUUUUGGAGUCCAGAAAGAUGUCAAGAACUGGCAACUAUUUUUGUGUGUUGCUGUUGGUCUUUGGGCAGGUCUUAUUAUUGGAUUUGUAACCGAGUACUUUACCAGCAAUGCAUAUAGCCCUGUGCAAGAUGUUGCAGAUUCCUGCAGGACUGGUGCUGCCACUAAUGUUAUCUUUGGGCUUGCCUUGGGAUACAAGUCUGUCAUUAUCCCAAUUUUUGCUAUUGCUGUUAGUAUUUUUGUUAGCUUCAGCUUUGCUGCCAUGUACGGUAUUGCUGUUGCAGCACUUGGGAUGCUGAGUACCAUAGCCACUGGAUUGGCCAUUGAUGCUUAUGGUCCAAUUAGUGACAAUGCUGGAGGUAUUGCUGAGAUGGCUGGUAUGAGCCACAGAAUUAGAGAGAGAACAGAUGCCCUUGAUGCCGCCGGAAACACAACUGCUGCUAUUGGAAAGGGAUUUGCAAUUGGUUCUGCCGCGCUUGUGUCUCUGGCUCUCUUUGGUGCCUUUGUGAGCCGAGCUGCUAUCACAACUGUUGAUGUGUUGACUCCAAAGGUUUUCAUUGGUUUGCUUGUUGGUGCAAUGCUUCCAUACUGGUUUUCCGCCAUGACCAUGAAGAGUGUGGGAAGUGCUGCACUAAAGAUGGUUGAGGAAGUGCGCAGGCAAUUCAAUACCAUUCCUGGCCUGAUGGAGGGAACUGCAAAGCCUGACUAUGCUACAUGUGUUAAGAUCUCCACUGAUGCUUCCAUUAAAGAAAUGAUCCCGCCCGGUGCCCUUGUCAUGCUUACACCCCUCAUUGUCGGUAUCUUCUUUGGAGUAGAAACACUUUCUGGUGUCCUUGCUGGAUCUCUGGUGUCUGGUGUACAGAUUGCUAUCUCCGCAUCCAACACCGGUGGUGCUUGGGACAAUGCCAAGAAGUACAUUGAGGCUGGUGCAUCUGAGCAUGCGAGAAGCCUUGGGCCAAAGGGGUCAGAUUGUCACAAGGCAGCUGUGAUUGGAGACACUAUUGGGGACCCACUGAAGGACACAUCUGGACCCUCACUCAACAUCCUCAUCAAACUUAUGGCCGUUGAGUCCCUUGUCUUUGCUCCCUUCUUUGCUACCCAUGCUUUCGUUAAUAAAAAAGAAAAAGAAAAUGAUAGAAAAUUUGUCUUGCAAAUAGCCUACUUAUAUAUUGUACUUGUCAUUCCCAAAGCCACGGCUUCAGAGUCCAGCUAACCACUCAGAACCGCCGCGGAAAGAAUCAUGCUCUCCAUUGCAAUUUUUUACCCUUCGAUCUCGUUCAACCACUCCCUAGAUUACAUUGUCCGCCGUAUCCUCAACUGUCAGUCUCUCCCCCCAUCCACAUUCUCACUACCAUCCAAAUUGAAUUCCUAUUCCUCUUCCUCCACCUACAGACACCUCUAUAUGCGCACCAUCAACGCUGCUCAACUCUUCGAUUACGAGUCAAAGCUUGCCAAUGAGUUUAUUGUCUCCCAACGCCUUAAGAUUGCAAUUGUCGGCUUCGGCAAUUUCGGCCAGUUCCUUGCCACCACAUUAGUCCGCCAGGGCCACACCGUUUUGGCGUAUUCUAGAUCAGACUACUCUGAUGUGGCUCGAAAGUUGGGGGUUUUGUAUUUCAGCGACGUAGAUGAUCUUUGUGAGCAGCAUCCAGGAGUGAUCUUACUUUGCACUUCCAUCAUUUCGACGGUUAAAGUUCUUAAAUCAUUACCUUUCCAAAGGUUGAAGAGAAGUACAUUAUUUGUUGAUGUAUUAUCCGUCAAAGAGUUUCCUAGAAACCUCUUCCUUCAACACUUGCCUCAUGAUUUUGAUGUUCUCUGCACUCAUCCCAUGUUUGGGCCGGAGAGUGGAAAGAAUGGCUGGAAAAACCUUCCUUUUGUUUAUGACAAAGUUAGAAUUGGGAACGAAGAAUCAAGAAUAUUGCGAUGUUAUCGGUUUCUUGACAUUUUUGCUAGUGAAGGAUGCCGGAUGGUUGAAAUGUCUUGUGCUGAACAUGAUCGGCAUGCAGCUGGAUCCCAGUUUGUUACACACACAACAGGAAGAUUUUUAGAAAAACUGAGGUUAAAGACAACACCAAUCAACACAAAGGGUUAUGAAACUUUGUUGAGUUUGGUGAAAAAUACUGGGAGGGAUAGUUUUGAUUUGUACUAUAGUUUAUUCUUGUAUAAUUUAAAUGCCAUGGAACAACUAGAAAGAUUCGAUUUGGCUUUUGAAUCAUUGAAGAAGCAGCUUUUCAACCGAUUGCAUAGUAUCUACCGAAAGCAGCUAUUUGAAAAUGAACAAUAGAUCCUUGCUUUGCGAAAGAGAUCUAUGUUGCCAGAAAAAUCUAAAGACAGUGAUAGGUCAUCACCUCUUUCAAAAACUGUAGACACCAAAUGAAUUUAUGCCAAAGAUUUCCAUUUCAUUAGUAAGCA